AUGGUGGCGAUUUCUCUCAUGAUUUCGAGUGGAAUUCACCCGCUCGCCCUCACUUCCUCCUCUGCUGUUUUCGAAUCUGCCCCUCUCGCUCGUGGACGGCGACAGGAAAACGUGUACCCUAAGGGCCCAUCGGUGCAGUUCUAUAAGCUUUACCUGGACUCCAACGUUCGUCGCCAAUUGAUCGAGUACGAUGCCUUGGCCAUCAUCGAGUGGGAUGUUAUUGUCGCCCACGACACGAGCUUUGAGAAGCUCUACGCCGCGGCGUUCGGAGGGGUGGAGCCCUUCUGGAUCAAGGGGAGCACCCUGGAGGGCGUCAACUUUCACGAGACUGUCGUUCUUGCGGAGAGCCGGCACGUGCUGGGGCACAUCAACGGCAACGCCAUCUACAACAACACCGACCCGGCCUUCGUCGAGUUCGUCAACUACACGCUCACGCGCUGGGAGUACACCCAGUCGUAUGACGUGGCUCUGUGGGCCACGAUCUCGGACUUCCCAUACAGCUGGCCCUUGUGGCAACGCUACUCGCGAAAAUUUGUGGCGAUUGAUCUGAUUGCAAACGUUGGGUUUCAGGACAUGGACCAGCAGGCGGUGCUGAAGGCGGUGGCGAGCGACACGCUCUUCAUCCACGGCAGCCUGACGGGGGGGGGCGGGUCGAUGUUCCACGCGAGCGGCGCGAAGGCGGAUUCCUCGCCGGCGUUCCGGUUCCUUGGCAAGAACCGGCCGGGGGAAAGGUGCACGGCAUCCUGCGGGGGGGAGGCGCCGCCGUCCAGCGGCGGCGGCGCGGGGGCGCUGGGCACCGUCUGCGACCGAUCGUGCUACUCCGGUGGUGAGCUCGGGGCGCGGUUCGGCGGCUACCUCUGCGGGGCAGGGGAUGCCAAGGAGUACGGCUCCCACUGCCGGACGUGCUUCACCGACCUGGAGGAGGCGCAGGCGGCGGAGGAGCGGCUGGCCGAGGAGGAGCAAGCGGCAAUGCGGGGGAGAAGCUUCAAGAUGCCCGGGGACAAGGAGAAGGGCAGGAGGGUUCUUAGGGCGGACGACGGGCCGGAGGGGGCCGCCGGAUGGGUCGAGGGGGAAGGGGGGGGGGAUAGCCGGGCGGUGUUGAGGGGUAGCAGAGGCGGGGGCGCGGGAGUGACACGGCGGACGGAUGCCGUCUACGGCGGCACCGACGACGAGAUAGUCGAGAGGAGGCGGCACGUGAUCAUGUGCGACACGCUGAUGCCACCGCCCCCUGCCACGGGCUGCAGCAACAAGUGCCAGAUGAAGACGGACACGGUUUGUGACCGUAGCUGCGGAACGGGGCGGUACGGCGACUACAACUGCGGCUGGCGAGGCUACGGUUCGGACUGCCGGUUCUGCUUCAACGACCGCGAGGAAGCCCUGACGGCGAACGCCGUGGCCAAGCGCAGAGGGGGCUCCGUCAUUAUGUGCCACACGUUCGAGCCGCCCACGGAGGAGGACGAGUGGACACCGCCCAUCACGGCGGAGGACGACGAUGGCACGAUCGGCGGCGGCCAUGGCGCUGCUGCUGCUGCUGCUGCUGCGGGUGCCGAAGACGCGGCCGCUCCGAAAGUCUUGACGUCGUCGUCCACGGACGACGACACCCCCUACGACCCGGCGAACGAGCCGUACCUCAAGGACAUCACGCGCGGGCAGAUCUGCGCGUUCAUGACCGGCUUCUCGUCUUUCUUGAAGGAGACCGAGGUUACCGUCAAGAGCAUCGUGCAGUUCAUGCCCGGGAUGCGGGUAGCCAUCGCGACCCAAGAUCACGAUGUCUCGGUGUUCGAACGGUCCCUGGGUAACCUACCGGGAGUCGUGGUCUCGGAGGCGAUCUCGCCCAUCACCCUGGCGCCCCUCCUGGCGGACCGGCACUGCGGGAAGGGCACCAAGCUGGUGUUCUACAUGAACCCGGGCGAGCUCUUGUCUAGAAAGUUCACUUCUAAGGACACGCACUCUGCUGCCGGCGACCUCCUGGUGGUGUAUGCGGAGGUGGGUCGGGUCGGCGAGGCAAGCAUAAGGCGCGCGCUCGCCACCAUGUCGGUGCUCGGGUUCAGCAGCCCGUCUUUUUCGUUCGGCAUGGACAUCAUGCUGCCCGUGCACACGAACGGGCAGCUGCGGGAACUGCUGCUCUCGGACCCCGGGGCGACCGGCAAGGGCCUCGACAGGGAGUCGCAGGCGGUGCACGCCCUGGGGAAGUACUCGGGCGUGUUCGUACCAGAGGUUCUGGCCGCGCUAGCGUACUCCCUCAACGAGCCGGGCCUGUGGUUCAUCAACCCGCAGCAGUGGGUGACCCACCACAUGUUCCAGCAGGCUUCGAUCUGGGACAUCCCGCUGGUGAAGCCGCGGUUCGGCUGCGCGUUCGACAUCUCCAUGGCGGCGCAGGGCUACGACGUAGCCUCCGCGCUGGAGACGCAGCUGGGCCACUUCAUGAGCGGGUCCGCCUGCGAGCGGGGCUUCAUCCCCCUGGACCACGCGUCCCUCAGGCCGAAGCCGAACAUCGAGUUCGGGUACCCGACUGGGCGGGAGAUGCCGUCCAUCUCGAAGCUCCGGCUCCGAGUCAGCGUUAUCUUCUGCGUCGGCAGGGGGGUGAGCCCGACCCUCCUGGACGCCUCAAUCCUCAGCGUGGAGGCCAAGUUCCCCGACGCGGCGGAGGUGGUGGUGGUAUUCACGGAGCCCCCGGCGAAGCGCGCGGCCCUGCGGGAGAUCCUGAAGGUCCGCAGCGAGAGCGCGCCCUUUCCCGUGGAGGCGAUCGAGGAGGACGGGCCAAUCGGGGCGCCGACAGACGGCGGCUGGCCCGGAUGGUCAGGGCUUCGCGCGGACGACUACGCGUCGGGGGACUUGGUCAUGAUGCUGGACGCCGGCGACCUCCUGGUGAUCGACGUUACCUACGACAACAUCUUCCACUUCGGGAAGCCCGUGAUCCCAUUCAAGAGGCUGGCGCUGGGGAAUGGCGGCGGCUCGGGCGGCUGGGCUAGCACCGACUCGCUGACGGACAAGUACAUCGCCUGUGCGAUCGAGUCUGUCAUCGAGAUGGAAGUCGUGCGGGACUUCGCGCUGGUCAGGGGGCUGGUGUACCCGACGUCGGCCUUCACGGAGAUGAGGAUCUUCGCCGGCGAGGUGCACAACGUCGACAUCGACUACCUGGUGGGGCAGGCGCACGACAACUGCCGGAGGGUGGUCCGCAACAACGGGGCGCCCGUGGGAGCCUCUGUCCAUCGCGGGACCUUCGAAGCCAGCCUGUUGGGCUCGUUCAUGUGGCGAUUCAUGCCCGACUCGGUGCAUUGGAGAGCGCUAGACCCCUUGGACGUCCAGCCCGACGAGUGGAUGUCAGACGUGGGCAAGUACAAUCUGUUGUGCCCCCUGGGGCACCUCGACGUCCCGAAGGACAACCGAGGGGCGAGAGAGUUGGCAAAUAGGCUUAAGGGGAUAGAUUCGAGAGGGGCGUGCGACCAGUUCUUGCGCCAUGUACGUUUGUCCCGUUGA